GAUUUUAUCUAUAAUUAAAUUUUAUUGUUCUUUAAUUCUGUAUUUGUGAGAGGAGAUUAUCUGAAGUACGGACCGAGCAUGGCAGAACUGAGCCUGGGUGUUCUUAUAGAUAUUGUUGAUGAGGAAUGGAUGCGAGUCACUCUUUCUGAUGAUGAUCUUGCAUUACCACCAGUGAUGAUUUCGCGAACUGACGACACUGAAGAGUCAAGUGUUAUUUUUUUCAAUGCUGGCUCGGUUCACUCCGAUCGUUGUUCACUCCAGCAGCUCGGUUGCAAAAUCAGAAAUCACUUCGACCACUCCUUCGGGUUGCUGCAAGCCUUCAAAUGACUGCAAUUUCAUGUAUAUUAGCCCAACCAACUGGACAACCUCAGCCAAAUCUUCUUAUACAAAUUCAGAUUGCAAGCUGUGGAACAAUGACCCAAGUAUUCUGUGCUUCGACUGUCAAUCAUGGAAGGCUGGGCUUCUGGAUAGUAUCAAGCAUGAUUGGAAGGUGGCCGUGAUCAACAUUAUAUUAAAUUAUUUAUUUAUACCAUAUUACCUCAUAAUCAGGUCAUAACUGAAUUAUUUAAAUAAUUUGACUCUCAACCGGCAAUCGGCGUAGCCGGUUACCAUGAGGGAACAAAAUUGAAUCAGUCGCGUAUGGCUAGGUUUUUGGAAAUGCUUGAAAAUGGACAUAGGGGAGGAUGGGAAUAUGGACAUUGCAGAUAUAGUAGAUAUUGCAAAACAUAGCAGAUAUGACAUGGACAUAGGG